CAUUAAGAACUAACGAAUCUGUAAUGUUACAAUAUUAAGAUAAAGAUAUCGUUUACACGAUGCGAGUUCAAGUUAAUAAAGUUUUUAAAGUGUUGCCCAAUUCUCAAACACGUUAAAAACACUUGUUGCAGCUGGUCUAGUUUUGUGUUUGCAAAAUUUUAAUUUGUAAUCACCCGGCUUCUUGACACUUGUGAAAGAUAAAUUUUAUCCUUUGCACCCCACCAAAUAAUAUUUCCAACACGCAAUUUCUAUACUGUAACUGUAAGGCAUAUUUUUUAAUAUUUUUGUGCUUUGAAGUUAGACUUUGUGUAACUUGAAGAACUUGAAGGUCGUAUUACAUUUAAUGAAUAUUGAUAAGGUUCAAGUUCAACAUGUUUAAAAUAGGCACUAAUUUGACUAGGAACACUACAGUAAUUUUCAAACGUCUAAUGUCAUCACAAGAACAGGAAGUGCUGUUUGAGACAUUGAACAAUGCUGGAGUUAUCACACUAAACAGACCAAAGGCUUUAAAUUCAUUGAACACUAACAUGGUGGCAAUGAUGCUGCCUCAAUUACAAGAAUGGGAGAGGAGCAAAGGCUUGGUUAUCAUAAAAGGUGCAGGAGAAAAGGCAUUCUGUGCCGGGGGAGAUGUUAAAUCUGCAAUAGACAGGGUAGAAGGGCCAAAAUUCUUCCAUACAGAAUAUAAUGUUAACUAUUUGAUAGGGAAAUACAAGAUUCCAUACAUAGCUUUUAUGGAUGGCAUCACUAUGGGUGGUGGUUUAGGUGUGUCUGUACAUGGCAGGUACAGGAUUGCUACAGAGAAAACAUUAAUAGCUAUGCCCGAGACUAAGAUAGGACUGUUCCCAGAUGUAGGUGGCUCAUACUUCCUGCCCCGGCUGCAGGUCAAUUUAGGAUUAUACCUGGGUUUAACAGGUGAUAGAUUAAAAGCAAAGGAUGUAGUAAAAUCUGGAAUAGCAACUCAUUUUGUACCAAGCAGACGUUUGUUUGAACUGGAGAAACUUCUGUCUCGCUGCAACAACGACUCUGAGAUCCGCAAUCUGCUCAACAAGUUCAAUGAGCCUCCCGAAGAAUUCUCAUUAGCUCCUAAUAUUAAACACAUCAAUUACUGUUUUGCUGCAUCCACUAUUGAGGAAAUCAUUGAGAGGCUGCAAAAGGUGCAGAAUGACUGGUCGGUUAAAACUUUAAAGACCCUGAGUGAGAUGUGCCCGGGCUCACUGAAGAUAACCAUGCGAGCGCUGCAGCGAGGUGCGCAGCUGGAGCUGGCGCAGUGUCUGCGCAUGGAGUACCGCCUCGCCUGCCGCGCCACGGAGAACCAUGACUUCCCAGAAGGUGUUCGAGCGCUCCUCAUUGACAAGGACAACAACCCGCAGUGGAACCCAAAGACUCUGGAUGACGUCACAGAAGACUAUGUAGAGAGUUAUUUCAAGAAGCUCCCAGAGGACCGUGAGCUCAAAUACUUUGAUGCCAAACUGUAAUUCUUUACAAGUACUCAUUAAUUGCACAUUUCCUAACGUACAUAAUUUUAGGGAUGCAAAAUGCAAAA